CAGCGGCGGCGGCCCGGUGGGCGCACGCCAGGCCGGCAGCCAUGGCGGCGGCGGCGGAGCGGGGCCGCCUCAGCUUCCCGGGCGGUGCCGGGGCCUUGGGGCGGCCCGUGCCUAUGAACCUCUUCGCCACCUGGGAAAUCGACGGUUCCAGCCCCAGCUGCGUGCCCAGGUUGUGCAGCUUGACACUAAAGAAACUGGUAGUCUUAAAGGAAUUGGAUAAGGAGCUUAUUUCUGUGGUCAUUGCUGUCAAAAUGCAGGGCUCCAAGCGCAUCCUGCGGUCUCACGAGAUCGUGUUGCCGCCGAGUGGACACGUGGAGACGGAGCUUGCGCUGACCUUCUCGCUGCAGUACCCUCACUUCUUGAAGAGAGAAGGCAACAAGCUUCAGAUCAUGCUGCAGCGGCGGAAGCGAUACAAGAACCGAACCAUUCUAGGCUACAAGACUCUGGCUGUGGGGUCUAUCAACAUGGCUGAGGUCAUGCAGCACCCCACAGAAGGUGGCCAGGUACUGAGCCUUUUCAGCAACAUCAAAGAAGCUGCAGUAAAGGUAGCAGAAAUCUGGAUCUUCUCCUUGUCAAGUCAGCCAAUUGACCAUGAAGACAGCAGUAUGCAGGCCAGCCAGAAAAUCAAGUCUACAGAUAACUAUUCUGAGGAGGAGUACGAGAGCUUCUCUUCUGAGCAGGAGGCCAGUGACGAUGCCGUGCAGGGCCAGGAUUUGGAUGAUGAUGAGUACGAGCUGGGGAAGCCCAAGAAGCAGCGGAGAUCGAUAGUAAGAACGACGUCCAUAACCAGGCAACAGAACUUCAAGCAGAAGGUUGUGGCAUUGCUGAAGAGAUUUAAAGUGUCUGAUGAGGUUCUGGAUUCAGAGCAGGACCCUGCAGAGCACGUUCCAGAGGUGGAGGAGGACUUGGACCUUCUCUAUGACACGUUGGAUAUAGAGAACCCCAGUGACAGUGGGCCAGAAAUGGAAGAUGAUGACAGUGUUUUGAGCACUCCAAAGCCAAAGUUAAAACCUUAUUUUGAAGGACUGUCACACUCCAGCUCUCAGACAGAAAUCGGUAGCAUCCACAGCAUCAGGAGCCAGAGAGAGCCAUCAAGUCCUCAGGUAGAAGUGCCUGAAAAGACAAAGAGUCUUGGAACCAAACACACAGACGACAGUAUUUCUGACACUGUCUCUUUUGAGUCUAACCAGCAAGCUGAGGUCCAAGAAGCAGAACUUCCCGCACCAGAUGUGUUUGUUGAGAAGCUCCCACCCAGCGGGAAGAUCACCAAGACGGAGUCCCUCAUUAUCCCAUCCACCAGCAGGUCUGAAGGGAAGCAAACUGGACGUCGGGGAAGAAGCACAUCUCUGAAAGAGAGGCAGCCAGUGAGGCCACAGAAUGAGAGAGCAAACAGCCUGGACAAUGAACGAUCUCCAGACACCCGGCACCACUUACAGAUCCCCAGGAAAACUGUGUAUGACCAACUAAAUCACAUCCUGGUUUCUGACGACCAGCUGCCAGAAAACAUUAUUCUUGUCAAUACUUCAGAUUGGCAAGGACAGUACCUGUCAGAUGUCUUACAAAAGCAUACCUUGCCAGUGGUCUGUACAUGUUCCUCAGCUGAUAUUCAAGCAGCUUUCAGCACUAUUGUCUCCAGGAUACAGCGAUACUGUAACUGCAACUCUCAGCCUCCAAGCCCAAUUAAAAUUGCAGUGGCCGGAGCCCAGAAUUACCUCAGUGCUGUGUUGAGGCUCUUUGUAGAGCAGCUGUCUCACAAAACCCCAGACUGGCUUGGCUACAUGCGAUUUUUGAUCAUCCCUCUAGGCUCUCAUCCAGUGGCCAAGUAUCUGGGGUCUGUAGAUUAUAGAUACAACAACUUCUUCCAAGAUGUAGCCUGGAGAGAUCUGUUCAACAAACUUGAAGCACAGACCACUGUUGCAGAAACGCUUGAUGUUGUCUCCCGAAUAACGCAGUACAUAGCAGGGGCAAACUGUGCGCACCAGUUGCCCAUUGCUGAAGCGAUGCUGACGUACAAGCAGAAAAGGAAAAAGAGCUUUCAUUUUGAUUUUACUCUAAGCCCUGACGAGGAAUCUUCGCAGAAGUUCAUUCCCUUCGUUGGGGUGGUGAAAGUUGGAAUAGUGGAACAAUCUUCUGCGACGUCAGGUGACUCUGAUGAUGCAGCUCCCUCAAGCUCCAGUGUCCUUUCUUCUACCCCACCUUCUGUAUCUCCUGCUGUGAAAGAAGCCUCCCCCACACCACCUUCCUCACCGUCUGUCACAGGCAGCUUCUCAUCCUCAAGCCAGGGUCUUGGUGCUGAGCUGAUGGGCCUGCAGGUGGAUUACUGGAUUGCAGCUCCACCCAUGGACAGAAAGAGAGACCUGGAGAAGAAGGACCCUUCCACUACCAAAAACACACUGAAAUGCACUUUCCGGUCCCUCCAGGUCAGCAGGUUACCUGCCAGCGGGGAGAUCGCCACCACUCCAACCAUGUCCAUGACUGUCGUGACAAAGGAGAAGAACAAGAAAGUGAUGUUUUUACCCAAGAAAACAAAAGACAAGGAAGUUGAGUCAAAGAGCCAGUGCAUUGAAGGAAUCAGCAGGUUGAUUUGCACAGCGAAGCAUCAGCAGAACAUGCUGCGGGUCCUGAUUGACGGAGUGGAGUGGAACGACGUCAAGUUCUUUCAACUGGCAGCACAGUGGUCCUCUCAUGUCAAGCACUUUCCCAUCUGCAUAUUUGGGCACUCCAAAUCUAACUUCUAGCCACGCUCGGAGGGACCUCUGUCCAUCCCAGGGACUGCACACCAGGAGCCAGGAACUGCGUGCCAACUCGACUCGCAUCACUCUGCCCUCUCCUGCAGAAUUAAUUACAGAUGUGCUUGGAUUACUUUUGAAUUACUUUUUUUCUAUUAACUCUUAAGUUUACUACGAGGGAAGGAAACCCCUUUAAACAAAGGCAAAAAACAACAACAACAGUCUUAAAUAUAGAUGUGCUGUCAACAAAGCUGUGGGGGAGUUGGCAGGAGCAGGCAACCUGCCCAAACACCUCCCACCUCGGAGCAGAUAGCUGAAUAACUGCACUGCUUAUUAACCUGAGACCUCAUUGGUGUGUGUGGGCUGGGGGGGCCGUGCAUUUUGCAGAAGAUCCUGCAUGUUACGAUGCGUUUUGACCCCUCCCUCCAUAUUUCUAGGAAAACCAAUGGCCAGUCUUUCUUCCUGCUGCCAAAGGAUGAGAGAUCAGAGAGUCUGCAGGGCGUCCAGCUGUCCGGUUUGAAAACCAAUCCGGUGGUUUGCAGAGCUAGAGAGGGGCAGAGAGGAACUCGCCCUGCAUUAUGUGGGGUCCGGGUCCGCCCUGGGGCUGGGCAGGUGUCUGUGCUCAGUGCUGCCUGAGGAAGGCUGGGCAGGAGCAGGAACUGGGGAAACACAAGGUGUAAGGAACCUCUGCUGCCCCCUGGUCUGUGACAGUGACCAAACCGAGCCAGUCACCUGCAGUGCUGCUGAGGGACACCACGUCAGUGGGGUCGCUGCUAUUUACAUACUCACACCGAUUAUUUACUUGUCAAUAAAACCUCGUCCAGCCUCCAAGGGGAAAAGAUUUUUUUUUAAUAGCCGCAAAUUUUUUUUAAUGCUUUCUUAAAAAAUAAAAAAGACAAAUAAAUAAUUUAAAAAAAAAAACAAAAAAACAAGUUGCCAAAAAGAAAAAAUAGAACUACCAAACCCAGGACGAUGAGCCGUUGCCUGUGAAGUGAUCCACCGCUGUAGUGGCUGGAGCUGCAGCCAGCCAGGUGCUCUGCAAGGCCAGCUGCCUGCCCAUCCAUCUGUCACACUGCACAUGUGAGAUAGUGUGUCUGGGCUGCUUCAUCUGCUCUGCCUUUGUCCUGCCUGGACUGCGCUGUCUGCAGCUGGGUGUGCUGCUGUUGUGCCCAGCUGAGCCACCCAGCACCUCUCCUUGUAGGGACUGCGAGGCUGUAACAGAGCUGCUGGAGGCAGGUGCCCACCUGCAGGCUGUAGGAAGUUGUCCUCGCUGUCUGCUUUAGGAGUAUUGUCUGCUCAGGCAGGCAUUCAUUUCUCUAUGGGGUGCAUCCUGUCCUCGGCAGGGCAUUGCUGCAGGCUGAGCUUUGCUGUGUGAUGUGGUCCUGUGCUGCAGUGGAGAACUACAGGUGGAACGGGGCAGUGGAUGAAGCUGGAUGGGUUCUUCAUCUCUGUUGGGCAGCAGGUUGCCCUGUGCCCUGGGCUCUAUUUGGCCUGGCUUUUGAUUGUUUGGCACACCUUGGCAUUUUCAGAAUGUGUUGUUGGAGGACAGGGAUGCUUUUGAGUGUUUCCCAGCUUUAGCUGCUCAGUAGUUAUAUUUUUCUCUGAAAGGUUUGGAGAAUCUGUGUUGCCCUGCUGGUAUGGGUCCUGCUCUGCCCUGCUGGUGGGCUGAUGGGGAGCAAGGUGAGAGCGUGGUCCCUGCUGCAGCUCGGGGCUGGGCUGCUCUGCUGGCUUUGAUUUAACGAAAUCCUCCCCGUGACCAGAUGGGAGGAGGAUGCUGUGCAGGCUGUGUGCAUGCUCCUGCUGCCCCUUCCCACAGCACUGCCUCCCAGCUGCCAGCACACAGCUGGGGCAGGGCUCAGCUCACAUCGCUGUGUCCAUCUACUCCUGUGGUUUUGGUUGACCUGAGCUGAUGCUGUAGGACUGCGUAGCGUUGCCUAGCAGCAGCAGCGUGGGAGAUGGUGUAUAAGCACAUCCUUCUUUUUUUUUUUUUUUCUUUCUUCUUUUAAAUUGUAUUGAGGCUGUUGAAACGAAAAACCCCUUUGAAAGGAAAUUAGUGUGAGAUUUCUUCCUUGAGGCUCCCACUGCUGUGGCAGGAGCUGAGCGUUGGGCUCCAUCUCUGGGCACCACACGCAGCCCGGCAGCUCUGUGGCAGGCAUGGGAUGGGCAGCCCUGCUGCAAUGACUGAACGCUGUGCUCCUCUGCGUGUGUUUCAACCUACUGUAAAGAAACGGGCAGUAGCUGGUGCAGGAUUGCUGGGUCCUGCCUGUCAUGUGUACAUUGCCCUGCUCUACUGUGUGUGUGUGUGUGUGUACGUGAGAAAGAAGCACUCGCGCUCGUUGCAUUUCAUGUUAGUUUGUGUUUUGGUGUAACUUUGUACACCUGAAUUCACCGGGUAACACCGGAGGGAGAUGGUAACACUGCUGGAAGAAGGGCUUCCACCUUGCUUGGAGGUGAGGGCUCGUUGUGGCACUGACCUGGUUUUACAGCACUGGUGAGCAGAUGAGAGAUGGAAGGUUUUGUGGCAUUGUGUUGCACCUUGUGCUUGCUGGUCCUUUGGUUUGGGUUCUGUGGCUCGUCCCCAGCCCUGGGGAUGGUCACCUGCUGCCUGUCCUGCUGCACACGUGGGGUCUUGGGUGGCUUUUCAGCUCCACUCUGCAGCUGCCAUCCACUGAAAUUCUUAUCACUUCCAUCUUAGCAGUAGCUGCAGAGUCCUUAAUUACCCAUGAGCUUGGGGACGGCCACUGUCUCCUCAGCUGGGCUUGGCUGUGUUACUGGUGUGUGUUUGUGACUUAAUAAGGCACAGGUGGACGUUUGCUGGGGCUGGAGGAGAUUUGCUGUCAGCGUGCAGUCAUCCUUUGGCCAACACCCACUGGCCUGAGCUUUACCUGGCACUGCAGCAAAGGCCCUGUGAGUUUCCUCAGCGGCAGUGGGAAGCAGCUCACGCAGGAAGGCUCCUCCCGGUCCUUUCUAACCGGCAACAGGCACGGAGGGGGCAGUGCAGAGCCAGGACUUGGGGCAUUGCAUAUUGUGGCUCAAAGCUUGAAAGGAAGAUCCUGUUGAGAGGUGCCAAGCUGAUGGGUGCUGCUGGGUUUGCAGGAGUGGGGGUCCUGGAACAACGUUGGGUGUGAUGCCUCCAUCCCCAAUCAGCAGGUCCUUGGUUUCCAUAGGGAAGAGCACUGCUCUGCAGCACAGCGGUCACCUGCUGAGCAUUGCAGGGCAUUGCCUGCCCAGCUGCGUGCCAUGGUGAUGGGGAAGCACUGUGGAUACUGUGUGCUGUGCUGUCAGCCCUGCCUGGGCCGCCGCACAAGAGGGGACGUUACCACUUUGUAGAUUCCUGAGUUGUCCAUCUGUUUCAUUGUUGUAUUAUUUGGGUUCUCAGUUGUUUCUUUUUUUUCUUUUUCUUUUUUUUUUUAAUGAAGACAGAUUAAAUGUAAAUAGCUUUUUUUUUUUUUUUGCUUUUUUUUUUUUUUUUUUUUUGAACAAACCGCAACGUGCUCGACCUCGUCAACUAUUUUAUGGUACUAAUGCAACACUAAUAAAACUGGACAUGAAAGCACAUAUCCGCCCCUGGAGUCAUCUGUCAGCAGGGCCUGUUCGGCACAGGCGGGGCGGUCAUCUCCUGCAGGAAGAGCCGCUGGGUGCCACAGCGAGCACUGGGGGAUUCGGGGCUGGGAGGCGCUGAGCCGCCUGGGCUUGGCAAGAGUGCAGGGGAGAGCGGAGCUGGGAGGAGGACCGCUCACGUGCCUUCCAGGAACCCGGCCGUGAGCAGGCUGGGGAUGCCCGGCUCCCACGGGGCCUCAACUACGGGAACCGGGGCUGCGCUGACAGCCCAGCACGGCUUUUUCCUCCGCUCUCUAUCUAGCGGUCCCCGAUCCUUCUUCACGCUGCCUUCUGCAGCGCCCGCUCCUCGUCCACAGGGGCGAGGCUCAGCCCCGUGCCGCGUAACCCCGGGGCCGGAGCCGCGCUCUCACGUCUGAGCGGCGUUGAGACGGGGCACCGCGCAAUCCGCCGAGGUUCUGCCGCUUAAAAACCCAAUUCGGCACCCGGGAAGAUCAGCCCACAGCACGCGAGCGGCUGCGGUGCGGUUUGUAGAUGUUCAUCCCGGCCGAUCUAGCCUCGUCCUCCUGCAAGCUCUGAGCGUCGCCCCGCGCACGGACACGCAGAGCUGGCCGUGAAGCGCGGCGCUCCGCCCGUCCCCGCUCGGCUCCCCCAGGCCGGGCG